AUGUUCACAACCCGCGCUCUCCGUCAGGCUGCCGUUCACGCCGAGCGCCAGCCCAUGAUUAAGUUCAUUGGUCCUCGCUCCAUUCCCUCGUCCAUUGACCACUCUCCCAAGCCUCACCCUGCCUCGCCCUCUGGCACGCUCCCUGAGGGCUUCGCCUCCGCCGACUCCUCCCGUCACGCCAGCUUCAGCUCCUACCGCGACCACGCCCAGCAGCACGGCCCGCUCCAGAAGACGAUUCGCUCCGGCGAGGCUGGUAUCGGCGGCUUGUCCGGUGCUGAGCUCGGCUCCGUCAACGCCCCCAAGGGCGUCUUCUUCGACAUUUCCGAGCUUCCCGCCCGCUUCCGUCGCCAGCCCAUCAACCUUGCCGAGAUUGAGGCUGUCGAGUCCGGUGGCGCCGCCGUCCUGGGCUAA